CGCUGCCAUUGCGUUAAAACGUAGACGACUUGCAUACUAGUAGCGCACCGGUGCGACGGACCGGUUAAAGAAAACACAGUGAGUGUACGAAAGCAGGCAGAACAGCCGCGGUUGGACUUGUCGCGACGCGUUAAUCAUCAGCAAAACAAAACAAAAAAAAACAAAGAAAUUUUGAAAAAUAAAAAAUUAAAAUAAAACAAUUCAAAAGAUAAUGUAAAGCUUUUAAAAAUGUGUUAGUGUUUUAUUAAUUUUUAAUUAAUGUCAAGUAUGUUUUGAGGAAGCUAAAAAUAGCUGAUUGUUAAGUAAAUAAACAUAAGUGUCGCUGUAGUGAUAAACAGUGAAUUUUAAUAACAAUACAAACAACAAUGGAUUUCGACCAAAUAUUGGAGGAAAUCGGCGAGUUCGGUCGCUAUCAAAAGACCAACUAUCUGCUCAUAUGUUUGCCGGUAAUGUUUGCCGCAGCGAACAGUUUAUCUUAUGUGUUUACUGCUGGUACGCCGGCCUACAGAUGUCUGAUACCACAGUGUGAUUAUCCAAUCGCACCGCAACUACACGCACAUUGGUUGGCCAAUGCAACACCGGGCUCAUAUGAUAAACGGGGACAUUUCACACCGGAAAAUUGCUAUCGUUAUAAAGCUAUCGAGAGCAAUGCAUCCGAUGAAAGGCAUGUCAACGAAUGCCCGAAAGAUGCCUUCAAUCAUAAUAUACGCGAGCGUUGUAACGCGUGGGUGUAUGACGACGAGGAGCGAACCAUUGUGCAAGAAUGGCAGCUGACUUGUAAGGAAAACGUUUGGAAGCUCGCGUUUGUAGGCACUAUGCAUUUUGCGGGACUCGUGGUUGGGACAGCAAUCUCCGGAUAUCUUGCCGAUCGUUUUGGGCGUAAAAACAUUUUCAUAAUCUGUAGCGUCUUCAUGGCCGUCACAGGCAUUGCUCAGGGACUCGCAUGGGACUAUAAUAGCUUUUUGAUUUUCGCAUUUCUCAAUGCGGUGGGUACCUCCGGCGUAUACCCGUUAGCGUUCAUUAUAGGCGUGGAAAUGGUGGGACCCAGCAUGCGCGAGAUGUCCUCGAUAGUGCUCAACUACUUUUACGCCGUUGGUGAAGCGUUGGUGGGUGCAACCGCUUGGCUACUGCAAGACUGGCAGCUGCUACAAUACGCACUCUCGGUGCCGCCGCUCUUCUUCAUUGCCUACUAUUGGUUCGUGCCGGAAUCGGUGCGUUGGCUGAUUGCACGGAAUGAGCGUGAAAAGGCCGGGGUUAUCAUAAAACGCGCUGCCGCGAUUAAUAAACGCGAACUCUCGCUGCAACUGCUGGCCAGCUUCAAGACCGAGAAUUGUGUGCCACCGCCAACACCAACUAAAGCGAGCGAUAACUGUGCGAAUGCGUUGGCAAAUGGAGAUGGAGGCAAAAAUGAGAUCUGGCGAGCUGUCUGCGAUAUAUUCAAGUCCAAAACUUUACUAAUACGUUACGCAAUCAUGCUGUACAUUUGGGCUAUAAAUGCGGUCGUUUUCUACGGACUCUCAUUGAACUCAACAAAUCUGAGUGGGAAUAAAUACUUGAAUUUCGUUUUAGUCUGCCUGAUCGAAAUUCCCGGUUACACGCUAGCUUGGAUAUCAUUGCGCAAGUUUGGUCGCCGAUACGCGCUGUCCGGUUCGCUCUUUCUUUGUGCCGCCACUUGCAUAGCAGGUGGUUACAUAACAAAAGGUUCAACUGGCGCUAUAGUGACACUUUUCCUAAUCGGAAAGCUGGGGAUCACGUCUUCAUUUGCUGUGAUUUACACAUAUACGGCCGAAAUGAUGCCUACGUUAAUACGCAGUGGCGGAGUCGGUGUUAUGUCUACGUUUGCUCGUUUUGGUGCUAUGCUCGCACCUUUUGUGCCACUCUUGGGUACAUAUUACGAAGCCUUACCGCUAUUGCUUUUUGGAGCUGCAUCCUUCUCAGCAGGUAUCUUGGGGCUGUUGUUACCAGAAACAUUUCGUAAGAAACUGCCUGACACAGUCGCUGAGGCAAAACAACUGGGUAAAGAUAAGUCCAAUAAAAAACCAGCCAGUGCAGAUGCGUUGGAGGAGCCAGCCACUGUGUGUAUUAAUGCUGACGUAGAUGGAGCCAACAGUGGCGAUGAAAUGCAGCCCAAGUAUAUAGCGCGACAAGCCGAUCCAUAAAUGUGUUUUUUUAUUACUUUAUUUAUAGGAAGAGUCUUUAUAUAACUUAGAAUUUAUACAAUGCCAGUACAUAAUAUAUGUAUGUAUGUUUUAUGUGUAGAUAUAGAUUGUUACGUUAUAUUUUGCACUACAUAUGCAAUGGCGCAAAUAUUGUUAUUAAAUGUUAUUUUAUAAGCACUUUAUAUGUAAGUAAAUAGAAAAAGUUACCUAUUUAUAUGUGACGAGAGUAAAAUCAUAUUUUUAAUACAACUAUGUAUAUUUUUUCGGCAAACUAGAAUGUGAUAGCAAUGUUUACAAAAUUACGCAUGUAAUUUGAAAUUAAACUAAUUAUAGAUAUUUCUUUUAUUUUAA